GCCGCCGCGUUCUUCAACGGCGACGCUGCUGCGGAGAACGGCGACGAGAAGAAGAGGAUGAAGGACUCCGCUGAGGCGAAGAAGAAGGCAGCCGCCGCAAAGACUACUACUAAGAGGAAGGCCGCCGCCGAGAAGAAGAAGAAAUCGACCGAGGCUGAGGGGGGCGAGGGCGACGAUGGCGGCGAGCUGGGCGCGGGCGGCGAGGAGGAGGAUGGCGGUGGCGAGGGCAGCGACUGGGAUCUCUCUGACGCAGAGAAGUAA